UUUCUUAAAUACAAGAACAUGCAAGUCGAUUGACUCAUAAUUUGAUGCCACUGUUGUUAUUUCUGAUUCAAUACCUGGAGUUAAACACAUUAUCUAUGUAAUCAGCUCUGAUCUUGAAAAAAUCCAUGAAAGAGAAUAUCUUAGUGUGGCUAGUUUUUGCAGUCUUUUCUUUUUCCAGUUUGGCGCUUGGCGGUCCACCCUCCCGAGGAAAAUGGAAGUUGCUGAAGAGAAGUAUUGGAAUUUCAGCAAUGCACAUGGCAUUGUUACCAAAUGAUAGAAUUAUUACAUUUGAUCGAUCAAAUUUUGGUCCAUCCAACAUUACUCUACCACAGGGGAAGUGCAUGAAAGAUGUUUUGAGCAGUGAUUGCUAUUCUCAUUCUGUAGAAUUCGAUCCCAUCUCCCGAAAUGUUCGACCUCUUACUAUACUCACUGAUACAUGGUGCUCUUCUGGUGCAUUGUCACCAGAUGGUAUUUUAAUUCAAAGUGGUGGGUUCAGACUUGGAGAUCGCGUGAUUCGAUACUUCAAGCCUUGCUUAAAUUGCGACUGGGAAGAACAUCAAAAUGGUCUAAUUUCACCCAGAUGGUACGCUUCUAACCAAGUUUUGCCAAAUGGGAAAAUUAUUGUUGUGGGAGGGAUUUAUGAAUUUACAUAUGAAUUCAUUCCUAAAACCUCCACUUCUGAUAAAAAACUAUACCAACUUCCCUUUCUUAAAGAAAAUAGAUUUUCAGGUGAGAUUCCUAAUAAUUUGUAUCCGUUUUUACACCUCUCUCCCGAUGGAAAUCUCUUCAUUUUUGCAAAUGACCGUGCCAUUCUACUUGACUACAUGAACAAUAAAGUGGUCAGGACUUAUCCUGUAAUACCAGGUGGCAUUUCUCGUAAUUACCCGAGCACUGGCUCUUCAGCUCUUCUUCCUGUGAAACUCUCACCCAAUACAAAAACUAGUACUACAACACCUAAUGCUGAAGUUUUGAUUUGUGGUGGGACAUUACCGGAUUCAUUUCAAAAGUCUAUGGUAGAAAUCUUUCUUCCUGCAUCUAGAUCUUGUGGCCGGUUAAUGAUCACAGCCAAGAAUCCAACUUGGGAAAUGGAAGAGAUGCCUUUGGAAAGAGUGAUGGGUGACAUGAUAUUGCUGCCAACAGGAGACGUACUAAUCAUUAAUGGUGCAUCAAAAGGCACCGCCGGUUGGAAUGGUGCACGAACGCCAGUAUUACAUCCUGUUCUUUACAAUCCAGAUGCCCCAAUUAACAGGUUUCAGAUUUUAAGUGGUUCCAGUAUUCCACGUCUAUAUCACUCCACAGCUCAUUUGUUAUCAGAUGGCCGAGUUUUAGUUGGUGGAAGUAAUCCAAAUUCCAACUACAAUUUCACUACACUUUAUCCUACUGAACUAAGUCUUGAAGCAUUUUAUCCACCUUAUUUUGACCCAACAAAACCCAGGCCAUCCAUCACCGCCAUAAUGCCCGGAAUGUUGCUGAAAUAUAAUCAAAAGCUUUCAAUCGGGUUUGCGAUAAAAGGUAAACUUGGUAACAUUUAUGUGACAAUGGUAGCGCCAUCAUUUACAACACAUUCAGUUGCCAUGAAUCAAAGGCUAUUAGUUUUGGCUAUUAAUGGAGUGCAAAAGAAUCCAAAUGCAAAGAACUAUACUCUGGAGGGAGAAGCCCCAGCCAGUGCGGCCUUGGCACCACCAGGAUAUUAUCAGUUGUUUGUGGUACAUGAAGGUGUUCCUAGUAAGGCAAAGUGGGUCCAAAUCAAGUAGUGGUUGCUGUAUGCUUCUACAAUUAAUUAGGACUUAUCUUCAGAAUGAAUUAUCAUCAUUUGUAA